AUGGACCACCUGCCAUCGCCUCAUCCUUCGAGAGCGGAGACUUUUAGCUCUCCCGCAAGAACGACAUUCUUUGAACCGGGCCACCAAACCGACGACCCUUCUGAAAUCGGACCACGAAACGACCAUGACGAUGAUGAAUCGCAGACAGAGCACAACGAUGAUAACGCUUCGUCGCCGCAGCAUAUCAUGGUUCAAGAGCCGAGGGUCAGACCGAGUAUGCCGUCUAAGAGGAAUACGUUCAAAGGGUCGAAUAGGCAGAUCCACGAAGCGCUACGGAUGCAGCAAGCGCGAGCGGAACAAGAGAUGCUGCUAGGCGAUCAUGAAGAGGCGGACGACGAUGGCUGCUAUCCACCAAGAAAGAACGACGAUCCUAGAAUACCUAAUCCGCACGCUCAUUUGCCAGUAUACACUACGAUACAUAAAAUAAAGAGAUUGGUAGAAGCCAGUAUAGACGAUCCAUACAGUCCUGAUCAGCUUAAGAGCCCGCGCAUGAAUGUCGCAGUCGUACGACCGUUGGUUGACCACCUGUACGAUCCGGACGAUGUCUCUAUCAUAUUUUGCUUGUUGGUCAACCGCGUGCAGUUCCUACGCGAGCAAUCGUAUCAGGCACACCACCAGACCGUGAACAUCACGAGAGCACAUCUAUGUGAACUGGUCGCAGCAAGAAUAUUGCGCCGGUUUGACGAAGAUCAUGAAGGACGACUUGGACUCCUCACACUGGCCAACGUCCUUGUGGCUGGCUUCGAACCCUUCCAGAACGCACCGGGCGAGAUCGCAAAGCAGCAUAGGACAGAAUUGCACUGGACAAUUCGGUGGCAAAUAGCGCGCCCGGAAUUCCAGCGUAUGCUGACUGCGUUAGAAGUGGCCAUCGUGUCAGAGGCGAAAACUUUCUUGAGCGCGUCUGCCUGCCAAAAGAUCGUCGAGAACGUCUACCAAGGGCGCAUCAUCUACACUCCGACGUCCUUCAUCGAUAUACUGCCCGACCACUACAAGAAUCGCGGAAUCACGCUUUACGAUCCUAGGAAGGCACCGAUUUUGAAUCAAUAUCGCUUGAUUGUGCCGCGCACCAGGAACAUCAUAGAAACUGUUCAGUUUGUGAUUCUUUUGGUACUGUACAUCUGGACCAUGGUCAGCAAAGCGCAUACGUAUGGGCCCGAUCAUACCAAAUUCAUGACUGUUGAGCUGGUCUUCAUCGUAUAUGCCAUUGGCUGGAAUUUGGACGAGAUCGCAUCAAUUUUCGAGCACGGAUGGACGGUCCACACAGAAAACUUAUGGUCCUUCCUUGACAUUGCAUUUGUGUUUAUCUUUUGGAUAUAUUUUGGCGUCCGCAUGCAUGGCCUCGUGAUGAACGACCACUCCCUCGGCUGGCUAGCAGAAGACAUCCUCGCUCUGGCAGCACCCGUCCUCUUACCACGCCUGGCUUUCUGCAUAAUGCCUGAGAACAUGGUCUUCAUCUCUCUACGAGCGAUGAUGGCCGACUUCACCUUCCUGACCGUAAUUGCAGCCUGGUGCUUUGGCGGCUUCAUCCUUGCAAUGUGGUGGCUCUCCGAGACCCAAGAAGGCUUCCUCAACCACACCAUCAUCACAAUCUCAAAAUGGAUGCUCUGGAUUUGGUUCGGUCUCGAUGGCACUGGCAUACAACGCAGUGUCGAAAUGCAUUGGUUUCUUGGGCCCCUUCUCAUGAUCACCUUUGCAUUUCUCGGCAAUACUCUCUUCCUUACAAUCCUCGUGGCCAUGCUCAGCAACACCUACAACACGCUUUCUCGCAACGCCACCGCCGAAAUCCAGUUCCGCCGCGCAGUCUUGACCUUCGAAGGAGUCAAGUCAGACUCACUCUUCGCCUACCGUCCACCGACCAACGUUCUCGCCUUCCUCAUCCUUCUCCCUCUCAAGUUCCUGCUCACGCCACGUUGGUUCCACAAAGUCAACAUCACUGCUGUGCGAAUCCUCAACGCUCCCAUCCUGCUGUUGAUCUCCUGGUACGAACGCAGGUACUUGUGGAAACGUUCUCGCCACCUCUUUCCCCCUCGCAAGCACUCGUGGCUCUCAAUGUGGGAACGUUUUGGAGCUCACGGUGAUCUGCAAGCUGUAUUCGACGCCGAGCCCCCCGAGAGCGUCUUGGCGGAAAUGGAUGAUGUGGAUGAUGUGCUUGGAGGUGACUUUUUCGAUGGGCUGGACUACGUGUCUGCAAUGAGAGCCAGGCGUGGAAGCCGGAGUCUUAGUGAUGCUAGCGGUGUCUUUAGCGGGGCGUUCUCCAGGUCGAGGAGUAGGAUGAACGGGCUCUCGAGAUUGAGAGAUAGACGAGGCACGCCGGGUGCAGAUAUGUCGCAUGCAGAGGAUUUACCUGGUCCUGAUGUGCAUGAUGGAGGUAGCUUUAGUACUGCUUAGAACAUACACCUCGCCGGCACGCCGCACACUUGCAACCCACGAGAACCGUCAACAUCUCAUCACCGCACCCUUCCCCAUCCCUCACCCCCCUCACCAAGCUUCUCAUUACAUCUCUCGCUUCCACGAGUAUGUCCGUGUGAGCCUCCCAGAGCACACUGGUUAAACACUUCGGUGCUGUUCGGGGCAUGGGUGAUUUUGAUGGGGUUAGAGUCCUGGAGUUUCGAAAGGCAGAAGAAAUCGAGAAGGGUGCAGCUGCUUGCAUAUGCUUGAGAACCCAAGGUCUAUGCUGAAGUUCAUCCCGAUGCUGUUUCGGUCGAAAAAAUACGC